ACAACAGUCAUGUCACAAAUCAGAAACAAGCUGUUACGCGACUUAUUCACCGAGGCAGAAUUUGAUAGAGAACAUGAUGAAGUGAAAGAGAUAGAGGCAGCCGUAAGGCACCUUGUUAACGAAAUCGCGGAGACAAUCGCCGAGAAAGAGCCUCUUUUUAAUAACACGGUACUGCAGAGUGGAAGCUUUUAUGAAGACCUUAAAGUUGAAGGACCCAAUGAGUUCGAUUUUAUGAUUUGCUUGGAGAAUUUGUCGCAACCUGACGUUUGCGAGGUAAAGGAGAUUCCGUUUCGAUCAGUUGGCGAUCCAGGAUAUGUCCAUGUUCAAGUAAGAGACUCCGACUUGCGGCUUUCAUGGCAGAGAUACGUCUCAAAGAAGAAACAGAACUUAAAACCUAAAACUAUGUUGGAAAAGUUUCAAACUCUUGUCAACUAUGCGCUUGCGGAGAAAAGAGAGCAUUUUCAUGAGAAGCUAUCGAAAAAUUUUGAGGCAGAACUUAGGAAAAUCCCUGUAACAUUGAAACUCAUCUGGAAUGGAACUAAAUACACGAACUAUGAAAUAUCGGUGGAUUUAGUCUUGUGCAUCAGAAUGGCUGGAUGGCCGAACGAUUCCGAUGUGAGGGAAAGGUAUAACAGAUCUCAUCCCAGUUAUGAGAUGAUCCGACAAGCAACUCAAGAAGGGUAUCAUCUCAUUGCGUCUUGCAUCGGAGAGUCAGGCAAACCUAGGCCUUGCUGGCGUUUGUCGUUUUCGAGAGCUGAGGGUAUUUUGCUUCGACACCUCAGCGAAACGUCACAACUCGUCCACAAGGCAGCGGUCAAAAUCUUGAAAGUUCUGCGAAAGAAAAAUGAGUCUCAGCUAUGUCUUUACGAGGAAGAAGUGGAUUUCAGUGAUCCUGACGUUGCUUUCGAUUAUCUAGGAGUACCCGAAUGCUCAUAUUUAAUCACUUGGGCGUUCCAUUCGUACAUAUUGAAGACGAUGUUUCUACACGAAUGGUUCGAGUACCCCGAAGAUUCUUACUGGACCCAGGAAAAACUUGCUAGGCGAGUCUACAGUGUCCUAGAAAGAAUUUUCAAAAGCCUUUCAAAGAAAGAUAUUAGAAGUUUUUGGUUGCCUGAGUACAAAUUGUUUAACUUUCGAGCAAGGUUACCAACCAGAACGAAGGCAUGCGAAGACAAACUUUCUACACUGAUGAAAAACUUCGCAGCCCUCACAAUUUCAAAGAGCUAGUUCCCCAUGCAAUCAAAUACAGUACUAAAAUGUUUACGAUUUCUUCCCAAAUUUUGCAGUGGAAAAAAUUGAAAGAGACCAAAAACAAUUACGAUAUAAUCCCGGAAACUCCUUUGAAAAACACAGGUACCGCUGUUGUUUUAAUUCUAAUUUUAAUGGAAGAUAAGUUCUGCCUAUAAUCAGUAUAAUUAUUUUCAAAAGUAACCCAGUUUAAGAUAUUCCCGGCAUUUUACCAGAACACCAGGUUAACAACUUUAUGUCGGAAUUUCCAAGUAACUCUCAAGAAACUUGAGAAAGGUUUUGGUAACAGUGGAUUACGAGCAGCAACCCAAGACACAAAAUAAAAUAUCCACCGCAAGUCAAACAUUCAGUUUAGUUUCACUUUAGACUUCAGUGACAAGUACUGGUUGCUAAGUUAUUAGGAAGUAAACAGGAAUCGAAACUAGCACAGUUUAGGUAUAGUGGGAAAAAAGCUGUAAGUUUCUGCGAAAGACGCAUUUUCGCGAACGCUUUGCUCCAUUGAAAGGAAAUAUCAUUCUGUUAUUCAGUUGUUUGCAUGUUUUUAUUCAGCUAUCCAUAGAGUAUUUUAUUGCAAUCAUAUUGAUGUAACGCAAUAUUGAGUUAAGCAUAUUAAAUCAUGCAAGGUUAUCCUAGGGGAA